AACUGUCUUACCGCCUUACCCAUUAUAACAGCACGACUCGAAAUUUCGUUUAACUUGGGUAAGUUUUUCAAAGAUAAUAUAUAGUCAGAUAUUUUUAAUUGAGUUUCAAGAUUUAGGGUAAGCCCUACAUUUUUGGGAGAAUAUUAUUCAAGCAUUUGCUGAUCAACACACUCGUUUUUCGCCGUGCACGUACAUCAGCCAGUGCCCCACUUUUUGCCCUGAAAUGUGCGGUCAUGUUGAGAAAGAUUAAAAGGAUUCACAGUCUUUACUGAGAAUCAGUACAGAAUAUCCUGUCGUUUAAAAAUAUAUAUAUAUAUAUAUAUAUCCUGUGUUUUUCCUCUAACACUCUGAGGACUGUCCGCGGCUCUUAAUCCACUGUGCUAGAUUCUAGUGUGCCGUGAAGUCAGUGCGCAACGCCGCCUCCACGCGCUUUAGUGAUCAUCGUAAAAUAUCAGGAAAAGCAAGAAAGGGGAUUAAAUUGAGGAUGUUGGUAGUGUGGGUCAGAGAUGCCCCCAACCUCAAUCCUAAUCUAAAUUGUGACAGAUUCCAUCCAGCAAAUUGAAUAUUGUUUGGGGAGUUGAGAAUUCUCUGAUAACUAUAUAAGAGGUAGAAUAAAGUGAUAAAGUAUAUGUUGCAGUUUUAAAUGCUUUAAACUCACUCAGUGUGCGUGUCUGUGCGCGCGCGUGUCCGUGCUUUGGUUUACAGAACUUCAGUCACUUUUAACUUACUUGGCCACCCAAUGAGAAAUAAUAGCAAUAUUAAGACGAAUCUGACUGAGCCUCUCCACGUUUAGUGCCACACCGCCUGCGUCCGCGGACUUUUUCAGCUCCGGCUUGUGCGUAAAGGCAGCACCGGCAUGGUCAGAGGCGAGGCUCCGAUCCCUCACCGCAGCCCCUCUUUUACCACCUACACACACAGACGGCGUAAAGACUCUGGGAGUCUGGGCUUCAGUGUGCGUGUUCUCUCUGUGAUACGCUUAAGCUCAGUUUCUCUCUUCAUUUGCGGAUGGAAUCAAUAUUACAACUGUCAACGGUUAACCCAUUUUCCGUUUUAAAUACAAUUAAUGUCUCAAACACUCGAAUAUAAGUCAGUUCUAUUCCGCCUUUAUGAAGCCCACGUCUUGCAAUUUAAACAAACUGUGAUAUGCCACCGCUGUUUAAUUUCACCGGAUAAUGCACAUUGCUCUGGAGGGGAGAAAUAAAUCUGUUUGUCAUCAAUGUCCCUUAAAAAAUUCGAAGUUGCGUGCAACAGAACACGAAAGAGCUAAAUUAAAUUCGUUUUAAUAACAGUUAAAAUCCAAAAAAAUGCAUCAGACAGGAACAUACUGCGAUGUUUCACAGGCCUCCUGGUUGAUUCUAACAAUAUCUGGGAUACGUUAGUUUAGUUUGCAAUAGAGUCUUGUUGCAUGGUACAAGCAGACACCAAAUAAAUUUGUGUGAGUUUCUCAUGUAGUUCAUUAAAAAUAUAUACGUAUGACAGCAUUCUAAACACAUGGUAAAACGAAGAAAAGAAACACAGCUGUGUAUUUUACACAAAAAAACAUAUACAUAAUACAUAAAGUUGUGUUUUCAGCCUAAAUAAGUGUAAACCAAACAAUCAAAUAAGCCAGAACAUUCAUUUUCAUGUGAAAUCAGACCUCGGAAAAGAGAAGUGAGCAGAUAAAAAUGAAAGAAGUGAACUGCAUAGUCUGACCCAAGUAUUAGAAUCUCCACUGCGAUCAGUUAAAUUCUCCGGAAAGAAUUAUUAUUUUUAAAUAAAAUGAUGUCCAGCUUUACCUGCUAUGGAACACGGCGAAUGACUUUUUGUUACACAGCUGGAUGUUCUUAUUAGAGUUUUAAGCACUUUGGAAAGCUGUAUGUAAACGUAUUAAAUCGUGAGCCUGAGACGAAUGGUCUUUCAGUAGUUUCUCUCUCUCUCUGUCUCUCUCUCUGUCUCUCCCUCCUUCUCCUUCUCACACAUGCAGUGUACAUGUGUGUGUGACAGAGGUUCAAAUAAUUUGAAGUAUAAUUUUUGGAAAACUUAUUGAAAGAACAUUGUAAUGCAAAAAUGAAUGACGUUACGUUUUUAUAUGUCGGUGCACCGUGCGCUCUUCUUUAAAUGACAAAGUAAAAUAACAGACGCAGUAUGUUUAUAGGUUAUUAUCUGACUUUAGUUUACGGUGCGUAUAAAUAUCGCUGUUUGUUGUUUUCACCUACCCUACUUGAACACCACAUCUUUUCUAUGUGCACAAUCAUGUACAUGGUAAAAGUUAAAUAUGCAGGCAUUCCUAGUAUAUAUGUAAAAUUAUAUACACGAUAUAUGUAAAUUGUUCUACCUGUCAGACGUUAUGGGUUUAUAUGAUUUGGGUUUUUUAAAAAUAAUUAUUUUCUUAUAAUACAUUUAAGUCGUUAAUGUGCUGGAAAUCAAAUCACCCACUCCGCCCCCACCGGUCUGUCCACUCAACCUCCGCCGUAUUGGUCCGUCUGUAGACUGUCUGUGUUCGUAUUACAAUGUGCUCAAGUCAGAGUUCAGACAGCAAUUGUAAAGUGUCAGAUUAAGUAUUAUAUAUAUAAAUAUAUAUUUUAAAAAAGAUCAGAGAUAAUCUUUGGUAACUCCAGGUGUGCUAAAAACACACGAACAAAAUGAAAGAAUAGUCGUCCUGUAUUUUAAAAAUUGUAAAAGUAAAAAGCGGUCAAGGUACUCUGAGCAUUAAUGACAAGUGCCAUUUAGAAACACUUGAUUUUCUUGUUAACAGAGAUGCGUAAACCCCAUGUGUCAGGAUACUGGAACACAUGCAUGUGGGUGUGCAUUUUUGUCCUUUUUUUCUAAUAAAGAGAAUGAAAAGUGUAUCUGCAUUCGAACUGCGGAGCAGAGAAACCCAGACUAAGACUUUCUAGAAACAGCCUAUAAAAAGUAUUUCCGUCUCUCAAAAAUCUGUUUCCUUGGAUAUUUGUUGGUGCUUGAAUCCUGAGCAGCAAAAAACACCCAAAUUCCUAUUUGUUAGAACGCAGAUUUUCGAUUUGCCUUUCAUAAAAAAAGUGAACUGUGUCAGUCAAACGCAGAGGAGGAGAGUUCUCCGUCGUUUACGAACGCGUGUGAGUUGCGCGCUAUGUUUGAGUGUACACGGUGGGGCGGGAUGGUUGUUGUAGUACGGCAAGGAGUGUAGUGUGUGUGUGUGUGUGUGUGUGUGUGUGUGUGUGUGUGUGUGUGUGUGUGUGUGUGUGUGUGACACUGAUGGAUGCGCCAAUGGAAAGACGGACAGAUGCUUGGGCGGAUCUAACGGCAUGCAGUGGUGGAGCGGCGCACACAGUCGCGGCGAGAUUAGGGCGAAAACAUCCUCGAUCUGCGGAGAGUCGCCGAUCACCAAUCCCCCCAACGAGCACGGCGAACGGAGGGACAACGGACGGACUCCCCGGUUUAACCGAGAAGCGACGCGGACAGAGAGGCUGAGCGGAUCUGAUUCCCUCGGCGGAUCCUACGAACAGAGCUGUUUCUCUUGCUACUGACGAGCGUGAGAGACGAGACGCAGCAGCACCACAUCUGGCUCAGAGGAAGACAAGAGGAGAGAGAGAGAGGGAGAGAGAGACAGCCUUUGGCAACUCACCCUUGUUACCCUCCCUCGUUUCUUCUGUUCCCUCUACAGGAAUCUUUUAUUUAUCCAUUGUUUUCACGCCACGCGUUCCACUCCGAGGAUUGCCUGAAAAAUACAAGACACAAUUUUACAAACUUCACCAACUCCGUUGAAACAAAAAAAAACUUUUUAUUCCUCAAUGUAAGGUGAAAGGAGCAAGUGCAUCUACACGAGAUAUGUUUGAAUCAUCUUAAUUGACGAAGAGCUUGAGCUUACCUGUAAAAGAAAAAAACAGCACUUUAUUCCAUUCUAUCCGUUGUCGGUUAAAGGGACAAACACUUGGCGAAGCUUUUGCGCCUCUCCGGUCAUUUGAGGCGCAGGAGGGAGAUCGGAGCGCAGUGUUGGGAGACACGUCUGAUUCGCUGCGUGGCUGAUUUAAAUAGCUCCUAUCAGGCCACGUAAAGAAAAAAAAGGACAAAAGUACCAACAGCGGCCAAGAAAGUGUUUGGCAGUAGACACUAGAGCUCGGCUGAUCUGUGCGCUCCAGCCAGCUUGCAAGCAUGGGAGCAGCCUGAGCCCGUCACCUCCUCCUCCUCCUCCUCCUCCUCAUGUACAUUAUUACAACAAGGGAGACCCAAUCAAGCACGUAUCUCAUCGAUUCACGCACACACAGACACACACUCGCACGCACGCGCGCAGUUCCACUAACGCGCUCUUACACGUGCUUGCGCACACGUGCAUACGCAUACAUACUGACUGAGUGACUUGCCCUCAGCGGAUUUUUCAAACCGCUCUUGGACAAAACAACGUAAACGCGCCAGGCAGGGCAGCGUGUGGGCGACCAGUCCCGACCGUCACCUCCUCCUCUUCUUCUUCCUCCUCCUCUUUUCUCCUCUGCUGUCGGUACAGAGAAUUAACAAACUGAAAGAGCUGCAUGUGGCUUUCUUUUUUUUGACCACCGACAGGACUUGCCAGAGGCGAAUGGAUUUUUAUUAGAUUGUUUCAGGCAUGUUGAGACUGGUAUAUCUCCUGGCUUUGAUUUGUGCGUGAUUACCGGGUGGAGAAAAAGCGGAAACCUCAUGGAUAGCGCGGAUCAGCCCGUAAACUUGCCUGUUGCAGCCUCCGACACCAAGUAGAGGAUCACACGAAGACACCAGGCGCUUUUUAUAUACCUCCCUUUCUCUGUCUUUUUUCCUGCCGCGGAACCUCUUUACCAGCGCCCGUGGCGUCCAUCGAAGUCGGAGCAAGCGAGGGAGCAAUCCAGCAACGGACAGAGAGACCAGCCAGCCAGCCAGGGGACUCUGGUUUCCCCCGCUCUCAUAUUUAAUCUCCGCUCCCCGUGGCUCUUUCUCCUCUGACAUUUUUGUUCGAAAACUGCACAUCCUCUCCUGCUCGCUCACACCCCCCACCCCGACCUAUGUGGGAGCCCUGAGAGCGCACCCAGGGGGGGAAACUGUGUAUCAAAGCUCCGCGGAUCCCCCAGGCAGCUUCGGAUCACCGUGGCCAGAAACGAACUCCCUGCCGGGCGCCCACAGCCGACAUGCCGCGGAGGAAGCAGCAAGCGCCUCGGCGCGCCGCAGCAUAUGUCCCUGAAGAUGAGAAGGAAUCUGCUCUAUUGGAUGAAGAUCUGGAAGGAGAAGACUCAGCACAGGAAGGGGAGGAGCCUACGGUUAAGCUCCUGUGCCAUGACAAGGAUUUCCUUCUUAAAGACAGGCCAGGAUCUACUGGCUUCCAUGACUCCCCCAAUGCUGCUGACUUUUCUGGUCAGGAGCUGGACAGUGAGUCUCACCUGAGUGAAUCAAGUGACAGAAUGUCUGAUUUUGAGAGCUCGUCACUUAAAAAUGAGGAUGAUGUCCUUCUCUCCAAAGACCCCUCAAAUGCCCUGUCCCCGUCCUCCUCUUCAGCCAUGAUGGCAGCUGCACCAGUUGGUGGAGAUGAGGCCAUAUUGGCUGGGACAGGGUCUGUUGCGGAUAGCCUGGAGAAGAUGAAAGCCAUUUACACCUCUUUUCUCACCAACUCCUAUUGGUCUACACUGAAUCUGAACCUGGCUCAGCCCCCUCCAGAAAAACCGCCUCGUAGUCAUAGCAGCAGCAGUAGUAGCAGCAGUAGCAGUAGCUGCGGAGGGAGUGGAGGCUAUGACUGGCAUCAGACAGCUAUGGCCAAAACACUCCAGCAGGCACAGAACCACCACAACAGACUCGGCCUGGUUCAACAUCCCACAGUGUCUGUAUCCACAGCAUCUACAGAACACAACCUUUUUAGCACUGUCCAGUUGUACCGACAGAGCUCUAAGCUCUAUGGCUCUAUAUUCACUGGUGCCAGCAAAUUCCGUUGUAAGGACUGCAGUGCAGCAUAUGACACACUAGUCGAGCUAACGGUACACAUGAACGAGACAGGUCAUUACCGCGAUGAUAACCAUGAGACAGAUGGUGAGGGUGCAAAACGGUGGUCAAAACCCAGAAAGCGUUCCUUGCUAGAGAUGGAGGGGAAGGAGGAUGCACAGAAAGUGCUGAAGUGUAUGUACUGUGGACACUCCUUUGAAUCCCUUCAGGACCUAAGUGUCCACAUGAUCAAGACUAAACACUACCAGAAAGUGCCUCUGAAAGAGCCUGUUACUCCAGUGGCAGCUAAGAUUAUCUCUUCAGCUCGAAAGAGAGUUCCUAUUGAGUUAGACAUCCCUAGCUCACCUGACUCUAAUGGAGGCACCACACCUAAGCCCACCUCCCUUAAUGAUUCUAAUGACAUAAUGCAAAAGGUCACCAACCCUUACAUCACACCUAACAAUCGCUAUGGACACCAAAAUGGCGCCAGUUAUGCCUGGCAGUUUGAAUCCAGAAAGUCACAGAUCCUCAAAUGCAUGGAGUGUGGCAGCUCUCAUGACACACUGCAAGAGCUAACCGCUCACAUGAUGGUGACGGGACACUUUAUAAAAGUGACCAACUCUGCAAUUAAGAAAGGCAAGCCAAUUAUAGAGUCAACCACCCAAGCCCCCACAUCCAACUCAACAGUUGAAGAAAAAGUGCAGUCUGUUCCCCUGGCUGCCACAACCUUCUCUCCUCCACCUGCCCCAGUGCCUCCUCCAACCAGCAUCUCCCCCACUGCAAUGAUUGUGGAGAUAAAAAAGGAGGAGAAGGAAGAGGAAUGCACUAAAGAGUCCGUUAUCAACAAUGGUAACAUUGUCAAUAAAGACAAGAAGGCAAAUGAUGAGGACACUGAGGAGAAGUUUGAUAUUUCUUCAAAAUACACUUAUCUGACUGAAGAGGAUCUGGAUGAAAGUCCAAAGGGUGGUCUGGAUAUCCUCAAAUCCUUAGAGAACACAGUGACCUCAGCAAUCAACAAAGCCCAGAAUGGGGCACCAAGCUGGGGUGGAUAUCCCAGUAUCCACGCAGCCUAUCAGCUUCCAAACAUAAUGAAGCUCUCUCUAGGUAAUUCUGGAAAGAGCUCUCCCCUCAAGUAUAUGUUCCCUGGAGGAGAGAUUCUCUCUCCCACUGCUAAGAGCCAGCCUCUGAUCUCACCUCCGAGUCGACAGACCUCCCCACUACCUAAAAACAACUUCCACGCUAUGGAGGAGUUAGUCAAAAAAGUGACUGAGAAAGUGGCCAAGGUAGAGGAGAAAAUGAGAGAGCCUGGUGUUGUUGUGAGGGGUUCUCCUCUGAGACAUACCACACCCUCACCAUGCAACAGUGAGGCAGGGGACUUAGCCCAAGGGGAGUCCCCUAAAGAAAAUAGAGCAGGAGGCUGUAAAACUCCCGAGAAUGCAAGUGGAGUGGAUAAAGUAGCAGGAGAUGUAAAUGGAGCCACCCACAAAGAUUCAAAUGGUGAUAUUUCUGUAAAAGAAUCUGUUGAGAAUGGGGUGGAAUCCAGUGCCGUGACAUCCCCUCUGCCUCAAUCUCUGUGUGGCAAUACAGCUAUCAUCACAGACCAUCCACCUCCAGAACAGCCCUUUGUCAACCCUCUAAGUGCGCUGCAGUCAGUAAUGAACGUCCACCUGGGGAAGGCUGCUAAGCCUGCCCUGCCCUCCCUUGACCCCAUGAGCAUGCUGUUCAAGAUGAGCAACAGCCUGGCAGAGAAAGCUGCAGUGGCUGCUUCCACCCCACCAGCACAGACCAAAAAGACAAGUAACGACCACUUAGACCGCUACUUCUACCAGCAACAUCUAAACAAUGAUCAGCCUAUAGAUCUCACCAAAGGAAAACAUGCUGACAAAAGCAGCAAUAGUGGUUCUAUGGGUUCGACAGCUCUGUCUUCUACCACCUCCACCCCAUCUUCAGUCUCUCCCUCCUCUGCUGUCACUAUGACCAAAGCCUCAGCUGCAGUAGCUUCCUUUAUGUCCACCUCCCCUCUGAGGGAAAAUGCCCUCUCAGAUAUCUCUGACAUGCUGAGAAACCUGACAGAAAGUCAGGCUGUCUCCAAGUCUUCAACACCUACCAGUCAGUCUGAGCGCUCAGAAAUUGAAGGUGUCACACAAGAGGAGAUAGAAGAUGUUUCACCAGCCCAGAAACGUAAGGGACGUCAGUCCAACUGGAACCCUCAACAUCUCCUCAUCUUACAAGCUCAGUUUGCUUCCAGCCUGAGACAAACAAAUGAUGGCAAGUACAUGAUGUCAGACCUAAGCCCACAGGAGAGAAUGCACAUCUCCCGCUUCACCGGCCUCUCUAUGACUACAAUAUCCCACUGGCUAGCUAAUGUCAAGUACCAGCUGAGGAGAACCGGUGGCACCAAGUUCCUGAAAAACUUGGAUUCAGGACACCCAGUAUUUUUCUGCAGUGACUGCGCCUCCCAGAUUCGGUCACCAUCGACCUAUGUCAGCCACCUAGAAUCCCACUUGGGCUUUCGUCUGCGAGACCUGGCUAAGCUUUCUGGGGAGCAGCUGAUCAGCCAAAUAUCACAUCAUCAACGUCACACGAAAGGACUAUCUGAAAAACUAUUCUCUAAUCUUCACCCAUCCAGCCAUCCUUUACCUUCGUCUCUACCCACAUCCCUACCUUCUUCCUUAUCCAUCUCCCUGUCCUCAUCCUUAGCCACACCUUUGCCCUUGACUGAAUCCCCAACACCCUCCCCAGACGAUGAUGACAGUGGGGCUGUGUACCAGUGCAAGCUCUGCAACCGGACUUUUGCAAGUAAGCAUGCAGUUAAGCUUCACCUGAGCAAGACUCAUGGAAAGUCCCCUGAAGAUCAUCUCAUGUAUGUGUGUGAGCUGGAGAAACAGUAGCACUGGUUGAGGACAAUGCUGCUCUCUUUCUUAAUGACUCACUAUUGCUCUGUCUCUGUUGAGCAUUUCACAGACAUUAAAAAAGGAAAGGAUUAUUAAAGUUAUGGAACUGCACAAAGAUGCCAUACAACUACUGCUCUGAGUUUUGGCACAUGGUUUUACAUUUUCUGUUGUAGCAGGUUUUUAUUUUUUUUUUUAUUUUGUUCAUGUGUGAGAUAAACACCCUUUGGCCAAACACACUUGACUUCAGUUAUCUCCUAUGGCAAAAAUAUACUUCCUUUUCAAACUCGGCGAAUUGUGUCUUUUGUUAUUGAGAAGGUACAAGUAUGAAGGUUUAACAAAGAGAUUCUAAAAUGAAGUGGUGUAUAUUUUGGUGUGUAAAUUGAAUUAAGUUCCCUUAUAUUUUGUCAUCACUGAGGUGUGAUAAGCUGCAUGCAUAAAUAAAACUGUUUAGUUAAACAUUUUAUAACUAAUUCUGGUGCACUUUCCAUGGUUUUUCACUCUGCUUAUUGUUCUCUCCUUUUUAUAUUUUUCAUUUUAUUUUUUUUCUUUCCUGUAACAUUUAUGUGCUGGAGUCAGCAUAUACAAUUUAACCCUCUGAGUACAUCAAAGCACUUCUACACUUAAGAUUCAAGACUUGAGAUUGGGAAUUAUUGGGGUUAUUGUGAGAAUUAGAUUGCAUUGCGUCUGCAGUGCUUGUUUCCCAGACAUGUAGUUUGUUGAGUCUAAUCCUAGACAUGAAAGCAUUCACUAAUCAGUGAAAAAUCUUCAUCUUGGUCUUUAUAUUUGUCUGGCUGAUGCCCACAGGACUUGACACAAGCAUUGUAGCUACGUGGUUAACAAAAAAAUAAAAAUAAAAUAAGAAAAAAUAAAAGGAAGAAAUAUUUUACUUUGGUUGAUCAGGGACCUAUAUUAAUUCAGGUCUGUGUAAAAUGUGUAUAUAAAAACAUAUUAAUUAAUUCCUGUUUAAAUUAUGCAUCAUUUCUAUAUUUUUAAUUUAAAAGGAUUACGACUAUCUGCUGGUGCACAGUAUAUGAAGACAUAAAGAAAAUUGUUUUGCACAAUAGUUUUAUAAAUGUGUUAUGUAAUCAGAGGAUACAAAAAAAGGUUGGUAGCAAAAGAACGUCAACAGGUAAAUCUUUUUAUUCCCAACACGUGCUCAAAGGGUUAAAGACUCUUUUUUAUCAUACACUACUCUACUUGUGCCCCUGUAUGAACACUAAGAAAAUAUUAAAGGUUGUACAAAAAGAUGUUACUUUAUGAAGAUAUUUCACAUGUAAACUGUUAUUUAUAAGCACUCUUGGUUGUUUCAUAUCGUUGAAUGCCUUUUUGAUUGGUCCUAUUUUUUGUUCUGUCUAAUUACUCUUCUUCCACACUGCAGCUUUAUAUUUUUGGGGUAUGAAAGGUAACCAUGGUUACACUAACCUCUUGAGUGACAACUUCUGCUACGUUUUUGGCAGUUAAUUUGCUGAAGUAACUGACAGCUGCCAGUGAAGAGAAAUAAUGAAAAAAAAAAUCCUUAUGUGUAAAAUAUCGGCAUGUAAACAGCACAGAUACUGUUAUGCAGUCUGUGCCGUUAGUCUUUUUCAUUUCGUUCUUUUGUUUUCUGUUGUUGUUGUUCUUGACAAUGAACCCCCAUUAUAUGACUUCAUAUAACCUUGUUUUCUACUGCAGCAUUAAAAAAAAAAGGAAACCGUUUUUUGCAA